GUUCACACGCUUCCGAAAAUAACCAUCGUAAUAUCUAUCUCUCGAGUCUGGACCGACGUCGCCGUCUCUAGCCAAUAAAAAUUAUUUGGUUGUAGUGUUAACAUCUUCUCCAAACCAUUUCUUAUAAUCAAAAACUUCCUUCAAUUCACAAAUAUAACCAAACAAACAAGGCAUACACCAACAACCUCAUAGAUCUGGGAACUCGGGUUUCUCUGGCUCUCAGAUCCCAUCCCAUCCCAUCCAUGGCUCGUUUCUUUCUCUUCUUUCUUUUUCUUUCUUUUUCUAUUUCUUUAGCUGAGAUCCGAUUCUCCGAUAUUCGCAACGAUGACCGCCCGAUCAUCCCUUUCGACGAGUUCGGUUUCACUCACAAAGGUCAACUCGAGCUCAACGUCUCUAACAUCCAUCUCUCUAAUCCAAAUCCGGAUCUGGACCUCUCUCGUGUCGGAUUCUUCCUCUGCACUCGUGAGUCAUGGCUUCACGUUAUUCAACAACUCGAAGACGGCGAGAUCGCCUGUGCUCUUCAAUCUGACCUAAUCAAACAGGUUUAUACUUUCAACAAACUCCAAAAGGGGCAAACUUUUUUCUCUGUCGUUACCUCCGAAAACGACGCCGAUCAGUACACUCUUGUUUUCGCAAACUGCUUAAAUUCGGUCAAAGUGUCGAUGGAUGUUAAAUCGACGAUGUAUAACAUCGAGCGCAACGGUAACCGUGAUUAUCUUUCUGCUGGCAAGACGAUUUUGCCCAGGGUUUAUUUCUUGCUUUCCAUCGUUUACUUUGUUAUGGCAGGGUUAUGGAUUCAUGUUUUAUAUAAGAAACGACUAACCGUUUUUAGAAUCCAUUUCUUUAUGCUUGCGGUCGUUAUAAUGAAGGCAUUGAAUUUACUAUUUGAAGCUGAGGACAAGUCUUAUAUUAAGAGAACUGGCAGUGCACAUGGAUGGGAUGUGUUGUUUUAUAUCUUUAGUUUUUUUAAAGGGAUUGCUUUGUUUACUUUGAUUGUGUUGAUUGGAACUGGGUGGUCCUUUUUGAAGCCGUAUUUGCAAGAUAAAGAAAAGAAGGUUUUGAUGAUUGUCAUUCCUCUGCAAGUUAUUGCAAAUAUUGCUCAGGUUGUUAUUGAUGAAACGGGACCGUAUGGGCAAGACUGGAUUACCUGGAAGCAAGUGUUUUUGCUUGUGGAUGUUGUGUGUUGCUGUGCCGUUUUGUUCCCGAUUGUUUGGUCUAUUAAGAACUUGCGUGAGGCCGCCCGGACUGAUGGCAAGGCUGCUGUCAAUUUGAUGAAGUUGACUCUGUUUAGACAGUAUUACAUUGUUGUCAUUUGCUAUAUAUACUUUACCCGUGUUGUCGUUUAUGCACUGGAGACUAUUACUUCCUAUAGGUAUUUGUGGACUAGUGUGGUAGCUGGAGAGUUGGCUACCUUGGCAUUUUAUGCUUUCACUGGGUAUAAGUUUAAGCCCGAGGCUCAUAAUCCCUAUUUUGUGAUUGAUGAUGAGGAAGAGGAGGCUGCAGCUGAGCAAUUGAAGCUGGAAGAUGAAUUUGAAUUAUAAUUUGAAGGAGAUUGUGUGCCAAGAAAUCAGGGCAACUUUUGCUGCGAAAUCAGGUAGACAUCAGUUUGGUUUGUUGGGUUGGGGGCAGAGGAGAAGAAAGGUAGCAUUCAGGUCAGUUAAUGGAUUGCGAGGUUCUUACUCCUGAGAUAUUUGCAACAACUAUUUAGAUUCAGCAAUGGAAAGCCAGAGAAGGUGAACAACCAACACAACUUUCCUCCAAGAAGUGGACUUCAUCCUGUGUUACUCCAAUAUUUAUGAUACAAAAAGUAUCACCUUCGCAAAGCAAUCCCGUAGUUCGGUGGACCAAUAACUUGUCACUAUGAGGGAAAGUUAACACGUUAACACGUCGGAUUAGGCUCUAUGGAGGUACCAAUUGAAUUCGCCAUUUCAGAUGAGAUGUUAGAGAUUUAACUGACCAUGAUUAUAUUUAUAUAAUUUAUCGGUUGAAUUGGUUUAA